CUUUAGGCAAAUGGAAAUGAGAAUAAUGAGGUUCGAAAAUAGUAAAGCUCAGAACAAUUGUUAUAUAAAUUCAGUGCUGCAUAUUUAUUUGAGAGUCCAUCAAAUCAAGGAGGGGCUAGAGAGAAUCCUCUCAAGAACUACUGAAGAUAAGUGACCCUCUAAAAUUAGUGAAUAUGGAGGAGAAAGCCUUAGAGCCUUCACUGCUUUAAUGGAGGUUGUAGAAAAAGCUUAUGAAGACCCUGAUGCCAUAGUUCCUAUGAACUCCUUCAGAAAGAUUUUAGGAAACGCCUAUCCUCAUACCUUUAAAUAUGGUGCUACGGGCGACGCUCAGACGUUCUUUAGUUGGUUGCAUCAAUUAUUCACACAAAAUUUGCCAGGGAAGCAAGAAAUUUCAGACAUUGUGAAGGAGACUUAUGAGAUGGAAUUGAUUAAAUUUGGAUUCGGAAAUGAAUCAUCGUUUGACGAUGAAGCUAAGAAAUCAUUCUGGUAUACAGUGCCGAUGUAUUCUGUGAUUCCUGAGCUGGAGAACAGGUAUUCCAAGUUCCCAGAGGAUCUUUUGCAAAAUGUGCAAGGGAAAUUUGUCGAUUUAGUAAAGGCAACCUCCUGUUAUGAUAAAAAAGGGCAGAAAGAGGCUCUCAGAGCUGUUUGCAGAGGGACUAAGAUGCCUGAGAUCUCUAUAUCUGUCGACUUUCUACAACCUCCGAAGAUAUUAACUUUCUAUCUGGAGUAUCAAAAUUACUUUGAUAAUAUAAAUAUGACGCAAUUGUUUAAAGAUGAAGAACUAAUUGAAGAUUCUUUUGCUACCAGGGUCAAAUUAAUCCACCUACUUCCUCAGGAGUUUAGCUUGGAUAUCCUUUGACAAGAUACCCGAAUUGGCCAAGAUGAGUGUAGCUUAGAAGUGAGCUACGAUUCAUUCAAAGAUAACCCCCAGAAUGUGUUUUACACUCUAAAAUCCUUCAUCGGAUAUUAUGGAUGUCAUUAUAUGUCGUUCAUAUUUGAAGAUGGCACUUGGUUCCUUUGUGAAGACACCAGGGUCAAAUCUAUUGGAGAUUUCGAUGAAAUGCGCAUUUACAUCGAAAAAUGUAAGAUCAUCCCAUAUUUGGUCUUCUAUGAACGAGUUUAUCGGAAAGAAGAAGAGAAGUUAGCUAAACUCGAGCUUUCAACAGAGAGCACUAAUGACUGGGAGAUCUCCAGUGCUGACAAGAAAGAUGCCAUUAAGACAAAAAGUCCACUAGGAAUCUCUGGAUUUGAUACCAAAGCCUCCAAGCCUACGAAAGAGGAUAAUAAGAAAAGCGAUGACGAGUCUGAAUAUUAUGAAGAUAAAAAGGGUUAUGAAUACGACAGUUCAGAUGGAGAGCUCUACUGAAGCAUUUACAAAGGCUACCAGUACUGAAGAAGAGGUAAAUCAAAAAUUUAUUUGGAAGAAAAUAAUAUGGAUGACUUGUUAAAGCCUAACCAGUACCGAAAAUUGGUUUCAGAUAGAAGAAGUAUGAAAGGAGCCAGCCAUAAAUUCGUUUAAGACACCUACAAACGUUCAAAACUUGCAUAUGCUAGUUUUUAUAAAAUUAAUAUAUUAUAUGUGGAAUAAAAGUAUUACGUC